CACGAUGAAUCUGUUACUCCCACUCCUAGCCCUCUCACUGACCCAAUGUAGCUGUAUGGAACUGUCCGCCAGCAACAGUGAAGCAGCAGAGAACUUCCUCAACUUCUUCAGAAACACGGACACCGUCUCCAGGGAUGCACUAAAGUUUCUGGAUAACGUGUUCGUGGAGAUGGCACAGUACAGGUGCAAUGUUGGGGGAGCUGACUGUGCUGCUCUGAGGGUGGCAACAGAAGAAGUGAAGAUGGCAAUAGACCAAGCUGCCCUGCAACCCACCAAGUUCGACCGACUCAACAUUGCUCGGAUCUACCAAGCCUCUGUUGAGCUGGUGGAUGAUUUUGGGCUGAUAAAUGCAAUCAGGCAUGCGGUUAUUCAGUACAUAUGUGUGAAGGAGCCUGAAGCGUGUCCAACACUCACUGCCUACGAGACGCAAGUCGCGGACGCACUCGAGAACGAGAUUGACUCUUACAUUUAAGAAACUUGUGUUAUAAUUUUAGCGUGUCUUGUGGUAUUUGAACAAUUUGACAACAAUUUAAAAUUCAUCUCAGCUGAUAGAUUUAUAGUUUCA